AUGACCUGUUGGACAAAGAGCUUCGAAGUUUAUUUCCAUCGUUCCAUUCAUAAAGAUAUGGAUCGGAUCGGGUUUUGGACAAUAAAAAACCAUGGACUCACGCGCGCUACUAAUAAUAGAGCCGAGUCCAUGAAUGCCAUUUUAAAAAGAUUUGUUGACUGGAAGGAGUCUCCAGUUGACUCAAUAAUCAUUGCACUCUAUGAGCUGUCCCAAUCCUUUUAUGGGGAAAUUCUUCGUGGCCGAUACAAUCUCGGCAACUACCACUUACUUCAACACUUGUCUUCUGUGUAUGACAAAACGAUAGACAAACCAAUUUUUCCUGAAGUGCAAACUGAAGAAAUGAUUUUCAACAGGAUAAAGAAUUCCCGGGAAGAAGCUACUGAAGCACGGGCCUUAGAAAUAAUAAGAAAAAAAGACAUUGAAUUCAAUUUCAAUAGGCUUGGUAGUUUUAACGUUAGUGGUACCACGGCCACUAGAGAUGUAAGGAUUUUUCCGCAUCCAAAUUGCUCUUGUCCCGAAACAAGGCUAUGUUACCACUUGAUAGCUGUUCAACUGGCCUGCGGUUUGGGAAACCAACAAUAAAAAAAGCCACCAAACCUUACACAACUGCGAAAAAACAUUAAAAAACGUGCCGAUAAGGUUUCCGGACGAAAGGCGCCACGACCGAAAGAUACGGAUUCCAUCAAUCCUAUAUGGGAUGAUUUGAAUGGGGACCGCAUCAAGGCUGAUCCGUUUGACGGAGACCAGGCAGAACGGCGAUCUUCUAGUCCAUUUCGCCAACAAAAAAAUGAAUCUUACAUACUCCCACAUGAAAACAAACAAUAUCCCCCAACGGAGGUAAAUGAGGAAGCUGCUUUGCCGCAGGUUAACAAAGAAACUGUGGGGCUGCAAGUAAAAGUGGCAGUUAGUCAACAAGAGCAUGGGGAAGAAACAUUCACCCAACAACAGCAAUUGAAAGAAACGAACCUGCAAGAGCAAGAAAAUAAAAAAACCGUUGGUACGGCGCAAGAAAAAAAAGCCGCAGACCAAUCACAAAUCACGAAACAGGCAAAUGAACAACCUCAAAU